AUGGAUGGGCAAAAAAUGGAUCUGGAUAAGGAUUUACCGUCGAAGAAGGAAUUCUAUGAUAAGUUCGAUGGGGAAGAUGGAACGGAGUGCACUAACAUAAGGGGCGGCACAGUGAAUUUGACGGAUAUAUUAAGACAAGCAUUAGCAGAAUACAGCAGCUAUUCAUACAUGGCGUUUUUUUUCACCAAGGCUUAUUGUCUCGCAUGUAAGAGAAAGGAGGAUUUUACAGCUAAUACAGAGAAGUCACACUUAAAGGAAGCACCAUGUCAAGCCUUCUAUCAUUGGAUGGGAAAAACGAACUCUACCCUUCUGGAUGAGAAGAAGUUAAAGGGACUUGUAGAAAAUAUUUACACGACGCUGGGAAGUUAUUUCGGUGAUAAUAAAUGUAAUGUUACAUACGCUGACGUUGACAAUACCAAUGAGCUUUUCAAGCACAGAAGGAAGUUAUUCGAACAUUACUAUGAUUGCCUUCAUGUGCGAAAGUAUUUAGAGCAAGUAAGUGACGCAACGAAGGAUGGAAAUUGGGCUUUCUACAAAAAUGACGUUGAUUCGGCAUGUAAGUCUGUAGGAGAGCACUGCGCUGGUAAUAAUGACCCCUAUUGCAAGGAAUAUAACAACACCUACAAAUAUUACUGCAACGGAAUAGAGGAACAACCAAUGAAGUGUCCUACAUUAACGGAACUCCCAGCACAUUCGGAAUUGCAGACGGAACUCCAGGAGGAAACUGAAACAGAACCCGAGGUGAAAAGCACGGCACUAGAGUUCUCUGGUUCUGGGCAUGAGAGGGGGGAUACUGCGCAAACAAUGGACAGCCACUUCAGAACAACGCUUCCUACAGGAAGCACCACUGGUAGUGGUGCCCAACGCGGUUCUCCCAUCGUAUCUACCGCCGUGGGUGGUACAUUAUUCACAUUAGGAUUACCAUUAGCUGCUUUCCUUUCUUACAAGUAUGAUCUCCUACCCUCUUCGAUAAGUAACCGACUUAAGAACAUUGUAGGAGGGGGCAGUAGCAGAAGUAGAAGAGUAAGAUCUGUGAGACGAAAUUUCGAUGGUUCCACAGCGGAUGAUGCUUCAACAGUAGGUUCCACAUUAGGUGACGACUCAACAGUAGAUUAUUCCACAGCAGAAGAUGUUUCGACCAUCUAUGAUGAUGGACAACGACGUCAACCAACCGGAAGAACACGAACAAGAACAAAUAAUGGAAGAUCAGGGAAUAUACGUUACUAUGCCACGUAA